AUGACCACCUUCCCAACUUAUGAAGAAAGAGCUGCUAAACAUCCUAGUCCAGUUGCAUCCAAGUUACUAAGAUUAAUGGACGAAAAAAAGACCAAUUUAUGCGCCUCCUUAGAUGUUUUGACUACCAAAGAAUUAUUAGACUUAGCAGAGAUCUUAGGUCCAAAUAUUUGUCUAUUGAAAACACACGUUGAUAUUUUAAGGGAUUUCAGUAUGGAAAACACAAUUAUCCCAUUAAAGAAGAUAGCUAAAAAACAUAAUUUCAUGAUUUUUGAAGAUCGUAAAUUUGCCGACAUUGGCAAUACCGUUAAAUUGCAAUAUUCUUCGGGUGUUUACCAAAUUGUUAAAUGGGCUGAUAUCACAAAUGCCCAUGGUGUUACUGGACCCGGUAUAGUUGCUGGUUUAAAACAGGCAGUUAUUGAAGAAAAAAUCGAAGAACCACGUGGUCUAUUGAUGUUGGCUGAGUUGAGUUCAAAAGGUUCAUUGGCCCAUGGGGAAUAUACCAAGGGAUGUGUUGAAAUAGCUAAAACUGAUAAAAAUUUUGUUAUUGGGUUUAUAGCACAACAUGAGAUGGGAGGCAGAUCGGAUGGAUUUGAUUGGUUAAUUAUGACACCUGGUGUUGGUUUAGAUGAUAAAGGCGAUAGUUUAGGGCAACAAUACAGAACCGUAGAAGAGGUUAUUGUAGAAAGUGGUAGUGAUAUCAUUAUUGUUGGCAGAGGGUUGUUUGCUAAGGGUAGAGACCCCAAAGUGGAAGGGUUGCGUUAUAGAAAGGCCGGUUGGGAUGCUUAUAUGAAGAGAGUUGGAAAGUAA